CAUGGCCAUACUUCACAACAAUUAUGGAGAAAACCUUUAAAGAAGUUCUUGAACCGAAAAUCAGAGCAAAGCACGUGCAUCUGAAAACGUGCACCUUCACCAAGAUCAACUUUGGCGAGAAGUGCCCUAGAAUCAACGGAAUAAAAGUCUACACCAAAGAAAUUGAUAGAAGACAAGUUACUCUGGACCUGCAGAUAUGUUACAUAGGGGAUUGUGAGAUUCACAUGGACAUAUCGAAGAUUAAGCUCGGAGUGAAAGGUGUGCAGUUGAAUGGGACCUUGCGAGUGAUACUGGAACCUCUCCUCAACGAUGCACCUUUUAUUGGAGCAGUGACGUUGUUUUUCAUGCACAGACCGCACUUGGAAAUGAACUGGACUGGCGUGAGCAAUCUCCUGGAUGUCCCAGGGAUUAAUGUAAUGUCGGACUCAAUAAUUCAGGACUUCAUUGCCUCACGGCUGGUUCUACCAAACAGAGUCACGGUGCCUCUGAAGAAGAACAUGAACAUUGCCCUCCUGAGGUUCCCUGUCCCAUAUGGAGUAGUAAGAGUGCAUCUGCUGGAAGCUGAAAACCUUGUGCAGAAGGACAGUUUCCUCGGUGCCAUCAGGGGCAAGUCUGACCCAUACGCCCUUCUUCGAGUUGGCACCGUGCAGCAUCGAAGCAAGACGGUGUCCCGAGACCUCAACCCACUUUGGAACGAGACGUUUGAGUUUGUGGUUCAUGAAGUACCUGGUCAGGAUUUAGAAGUGGACUUGUAUGAUGAAGAUCCAGAUAAAGAUGACUUUAUGGGCAGCUUGUUUAUAAGCCUGGUGGAUGUCAUGAAUGACAGAACUGUGGAUGAGUGGUUUCCCUUAAGUAAGACAACAAGUGGACACUUGCAUUUGAAGCUGGAGUGGCUUUCGUUAGUAAAUGACCAAGAAAAGCUACAUGAGGAUAAGAAGGGUCUUUCCACGGCAAUUCUGAUAGUCUACUUGGAGAACGCGUUCAACCUCCCAAAAAACCAGUUUGAAUACUCAAAUGGUGAAUAUGGAGCAAAGAAGCUGAAAACUAACAAGUAUAUGAAGAGGACGGAGCGAGAGCCUUCCUCCUUCGUCCUGCUCACCGUGGGGAACAAGACCCAGAAAAGCAAGACCUGUAGCUUCAACAAAGACCCCACGUGGGGCCAGGCUUUCACCUUCUUUGUGCACAGCGCUCAGUCCCAGUCCCUGCAUGUGGAGGUAAAAGACAAAGAUCGGGAUAGCAUCCUGGGAACUUCAGUGGUGUCUCUGUCCCACCUACUGAAGGACCCAGACCUGACMCUGGACCAGAGGUUCCAGCUGGAUCAUUCCAGUUCGGACAGCUUCAUUAAGAUGAAACUUGUGUUGCGAGCCUUGAGCGUAGAGGAASCCGAUGCACCGCGGGGGAAGGCGGCCGGCGGUGCCUCCCAGCAAGGCCCCGCGCGCCCGGCGGCGGAGCGGGGCACCCAGCGCGCGCCCGUCCCCCCGCCACAGCCGGAGGCCUCGGCGGCGCCUCCCGUGAGCGGCGGCUCCGCGGCGCCCGAGCCCCUGCCGGGGCAGCAGAGCCGGGAGCCCGAGGGCAGCUCGGCGGAGCCCGUGGGCAGCGAAGCUGGGAUGAGCAGUGAGCGGCCCGUGGAGGCCCGGCCGGCGGCACCGCUGCAGAGCCGGGGGGCGGCCAGGCCCGCGCGGCCCCUCGUGCAGGAGAUGAGGCUUGCGCCCAGCGUUGCCUCGCUGGCUUCGCUGCCCUCUUCCUGCUUUGACCUGAGCAGCAGCAGUCUGGACCUUCAGAACGGGAGCGAGGGGCCGCUGGGGGAGAUCCAGCUCACGGUGCGCUACGCGGCCGCGCGGCAGAGCCUCGUCGUGCUCAUCAACGGCUGCAGAAACUUAGUUCCCUCUUGUAAUCGUGGGGUAGACCCCUAUGUUCGCAUAUACCUGCUUCCAGAUAGAAGAUGGACAAGCAGAAGGAAGACUUCAGUUAAGAAAAAGACUCUGAACCCCCAGUAUGAUGAAAAGUUUGAAUUUUUUGAAUCUUUGGAAGAAGUUAAGAAAAGRACCCUGGACAUCGCAGUGAAAAACAGCAAGCCCUUCAUUUCACUGGAAAGAAAGGAACUGGGAAGGGUGCGGAUUGACCUGUCCCAGGAAGACUUAAUCAAAGGCUUUGCACAAUGGUAUGAGCUGACAAGAAGCAGACGCAAGAAAAGCUGAUUUCUUCUCAUGUGCAUAAGGUGCUAACUUGUAAAGUUU